GCACUUUUUGCGGAGCCUGCGUACAGCUGUGCUUCCGCGCUAGUUGGGAGCAUUUGUGACGCUGCGCAGCGAAACGCAGACCGUGCGACAACUGCCGAAGAGUGUGAGACGCGUGUGAGACGUCAAGACUACUCAUGGACCGGAGACCAUACGGCGGUAUGUCGAGCUCGCGUGACGAUAGGCGCAAACGGCGGCGGUCGCGCUCGUCCUCACGCUCGCGCCGGCGGCGACGGUCGCGCUCGCGGCCGAGGAGUCGCGAGCGAGCACCGCCGCGCUCGCGGCCCGAGGACGCUACAGGGGGCUGGGGUGCUCCACCGCCAAGGACAGGCGGCUGGGGUCCACCGCAGCAGGCGCAAACGGGCUGGGGCGCUCAACCACCGGAACCGGCGCAAACGGGCUGGGGCGCGCCGGCCGCGCCGUCCCAAGGAGGCUGGGCCGUGUCGGCAGCGCCGGUGCCCGUAGCACCUGCGGCGGCGCCCAAGAAUGCUGAGGACGUCCUGCGCGAGUUUGUAACCAAAGGCACGUGCUGCACCGAAGCAAACCCCAGGUGCCCAAUUAGUAGACGGUGUGGUCAGAGUCAUCAUUUUCCAGAGGCGACGAGAGAAGAGGACUGCAACGACAAGGGCUGGAAACUUAAAUCCGUCAAGGCACUCUACUCCCACUGUCGGAGCCGAGGUGUUUUGUCGGGCGAGCACUAUCACAAAGUUCUCCUGUUCGUUCACGGCGUCGAUUGCUAGUGGUGCCUUCGCUUUUGAGAGUCGCGUCGCUCGCAUGGCUGAGGCGUUGCUCACGCAGGCGGGCGCUUGCGGAGCGCAUCGCCCUUAAAACGCCUCUCCAGGCGGGAGGCUGGGACGUGCUGCCCAACGACAUGGGGACGGAGCUUACAAGAGAUUUCCCGGACCUGAUGGAGGCGCGCUACCAAAUGUUUGGGCGCGGCGGGCCCCGCGCGGCCCCUGCAAUACCGCGACGAGCUGCGAUCGCGGACGCGUCGGCGCUGGCCCGGGCACAGGCCGAACGCUCGCGUCAGCGCGAGGCGACGGCAAAGGCGGAGGAGCGAACGGAGAAAAUUAGCAAGCAGCUCGCUGAGUCUAAGUUGGCGCUCUUCAACUCCCAGGAGGAGACCGACGCGGCGAACGAGCGCAUCGCGGGCCUCGAGGACCAGCUCCGGCGCGAGCGACAACAGAGCGCGCAGAACGAGCAUCUGGAGCGCGAGGCCGAGCUCAGACGACGCAGCGACGAAGCGCGCCGCCGCGAGGCCGAGGCCCGGGCCAGCAUGGCGGACGCGAACAAGAGCGCCGCCGAGCGGGAGCGCGACCGGCUGCGCGCGGACCUCGAAGAGCUGAAAGCCAAGGAAGAUGCCAGGGACGCGGAUUUAGCGAGGACGCGGGCCAACGCCCAGGUCUUGCUCGGCGCGGACGAGGACGACGACGUUGCCACGCUCGGCGACCGCGUCCAGGCGUUCCGGUCGGCGAUCGCGACGAUGCGGACGGCGCUCGGCGAGAAGGACGCCCUGAGCAUCUGGGAUAAGAUCUACCGAAAAGUCGAGGUCGGGCGGGACACGCUCGUCGAGAACGUGAUGACGAUGUUCGGGCCGGCCACUGCUACUCGGGAAUGGACAGCAGAUCAGAUGUUUAUGCGACCGAUCCGCGUCGAGUUUGACCGCUGUGGGGCGGUGCAGCGGUCGGGCAAGUCCAGCGAAAAAGGGAAAGAGGCGGGCGUCGACGACGGCGGCCUGCGGAACGAAAUGUACGAGAAGUUCUUCGAACAGCUGCUGCUGUUGCGCCCCGACCUCUUCGAAGCCUCCGAGAGCGCGGGUGAGCUCUGCGCGCGCGCGCUGCCGACGAAGGACGCGACGUGGACCGCGCUGCCGGACGCCGCGCGUAUCGAGAAGGACUUCGAGACCGUCGGGCGCAUCAUGUGUCGAGCGGUCGUCGACGGGCGGCCGAUCCCGAACGCGCUGGCGUCGACGAUCGUGCUGCGGUUCUUCCAAGGCGUCGAGCCGGCCGCGCUCGACGCGAACGGCGCCAUGGUGCGGGGCCCGCUCUCGAAGGCCGCGCUCCUCGAAGAACUACUCCUCAUGGACGAGGACAAUGCUUCGAGCAUCGGCAAGUGGAUUCUGAACGCCGAACAGUCCCUUAACGAUGUGUUUACCACCGUCGGCGACGCGCUGUGCUACAACUCGACGGAGGACCGAGCUGCGGCUUCAGACGCGCAGAUUCUGGCGAUGCCCUGGAGCGACGAGCCGGCCUUCCGCAUAUUAGUGUUUGAGCGCCUCGUCCAGCGCCGGUUGAUCGAGCCGCGCCGCAAGGCGCUGGAGGCGAUGCGGCGGGGCUUCGCGACGGUGGAAAUGGUCCCGCAGCUAACACGGACGCUCUUCCCGUCGUCGAAGGAACUCGUGCACCUCAUAUGCGGGGACGACAAGCUAGAUGCGGAGAAGCUCUGGAGCCUCUUUACCUUCGACGAGGAGGCCUACAGCCAGACGUUUAUCGAUUACGAUCACCCCUCGGGCGAAUUUGGAUUAUACACGGAGGACGAUCCGACGAUGCGCCAUCUGAAAACCGUGCUCUCCGAGUUCUGCGACGCGGAGCGCCUCAAGUUCUUCAAGUUUGUGUCGGGCCUGGCGGCGAUCCCGGCGACGCGGCCGGGCGAGGCGAAGCCGUUUCAGCUGCUCGUCGACGGCAAGGUUUUGGAGACCAACCGCCUGCCGACGACGUCGACGUGCUACUACCAGCUCCACUGUCCGCCGUACACGACCAAGGACGUGCUCAAGGACAAGCUGCGCCUGGCCAUCGAAGCCGAGGGCUUCGACCAGAAAUGAGACGGGCGUGCGCUAAGUAUGUGUUGAUAUACGAA